GGCCACGAUCUGGAUAAUACAGAACAUGGGGAUACGGAGUUUACAGUCCCGGAGGAUACAGAACAAGAAGGAGAAAUGAAGGCUCUGAUACAGAAUGGAAUACGCGAGAGAAAUCGACGGAAGCUGAUGAACGACAACUUCAUGGAGGGUCUCCGAAAAGAGCGAUUGUUCGGCCCGACAGAUGGUGAUGAUGUGAACGUGGUGGCUGGUCAAGAUGCCAGCGACUGUCAUUCAGACGCGGAUAACGAAGACGUGAUGAACGACAACGAAGUGGUCCUUGAAGUAGAAGGUGUAGAAGAUCUAGAAGACGUGUCUUUGAAUGAUGACAUCCCCGAGGAGGGACUCUUUGACCUGACUAGUGGUGAUUUGCGAGACAUCGCGGAGAAUGGAUGGAUUACUUAUGCCGAAGCGGAAAGUGACGACGUCCAGCUGGACACACAGCUCUACACUAUGAUCGAACUCGAGGGCAAUCGGUACCGUGCCUUCUUCGCCAAACUGUGCGGGGGUGAUAACUCCUUAAUCUCCCGUGACGCUGCGCUCGAGUUCUUUCGCAAGUCCAGUCUCAGUGAGGAGCAGGUGCAAGAGCUUUACACUCGUCUUAAGGAGCUGCAUUUGCUCCGGGACAACGCUCACAUGAACGAGACGGAGUUCGUCAUGGGGAUGCACUUCAUUGUGUGCAUGACUAAGCGUAACUUGGUCAAGAUCCCGCCCAAAUUUCCUGGCUACUUGUUCCCUUCACUGGACCUGACGCCUGAGAGGCAGCAGAGCUUCGACUUCCCGAGCCCCGAGGAGCACUCGUACACAUCCGAGGCGUCCAGUGGCACCCCUCUCGUGCCUCCCCCUUCAACAAGGUUAAUGGGGGCUAUGGGGCCGACUAUUUCUCAAAUUGCGACGUCGCCGAUGACCUCCGGAGCGCCAUUAGUGGACACCAAGUCACUGAGAGCGAAGGCGGCCCCCAUUGGCUAA